AUGGCAACUACUGCAACUCGUCAUCCAGAUCCUAAAAUGAGCGAACGUGCCGAGAGUAUUCUUGCCGGAUUCAAACUCAAUUGGAUGAAUCUGCGUGAUGCUGAGACUGGAAAAGUACUCUGGCAAAGUACCGAGGAUAUGGCUGACCCAAAAAAAGAACACAAAGCACACGUCCCAAAGAACCUUCUCAAGUGUCGUACUGUAUCUCGUGAAAUCAACUUCACUUCUUCAGUCAAAAUCGAGAAAUUUCGAUUGGAACAACGUGUUUAUCUGAAGGGAACCAUCAUCGAAGAGUGGUAUUUCGACUUUGGAUUCGUCAUCCCAGACUCGACAAACACGUGGCAGAAUAUGAUUGAGGCAGCUCCAGAAUCACAAAUGUUCCCACCAUCUCUUCUCAGCGGAAAUGUAGUCGUCGAGACUCUAUUCUACGACGGAGAUCUUCUCGUGAGCACGUCGAAAGUUCGUCUUUAUUACGACUAA